AUUAUACUAGGCUUAAUGACGUGGCAGGUGACUGUUGGUCAUGGUACUUUAAGAUACAAUGGUGUUUCUGACACUGUUAUUUGAUCUACACCUAACUUUGAACCUACUUCUUACUCUUAAUCCUAAAUUCCACCCUGAUCAUGACCUUCACCCUCGAAGCUAAUCUUAAAAGCUUUAACCCCGCCCAUCAAUUUGUAUUUACAGAAAAAUUACCAGGAGAAUAAGUGGAACACUGCAUCUGCCUUCUCCAAUUCUAGAAAGGUAGGCAUGAUUUUAUUUGGGAAUCGCCUUUUACAGCGUUCCAUGUAUCCUGAAAGUCCUUGGCUUUGAUUGUGAUACUUUAACUUUCCCAAUACACUUUUUACCUCGCUUACAAGCUACGUGUUAUUACUUGUAUGCUUCAUUCCAUCUUGUCAGUUUUUGCUCAGUAUGUGCUUCUUCUUGUUUCACAGGUGAAUCUGCUCCCUGUGCUCCAGUAAUCCUUACAUCUAUGUGAAGUAUGAUUGCAACCAUAUUCAUCAAAUACGUUUUUGUAACUGCAAACAUUCUGUAUUUACUAAGAGCAGUGGCUUAUUCAUCAGAUCUCAAAACCCAUAAAGAUCUGAUAGAAUACCUAUCCAGCAAGUCCACGUUACAUUUUGGUUGACUCAUUUCUGUAGAAAAGGGUUAUAUAAAAUCUUCGGUUGUUAAAGAAAAAAUGGGUCUCGUUGAUCGUCUAUUUUUCGUCCCGCAAAAUCCAUAUGCAGAUAGUGCACAACCAGGUGAGCAUGGCGUCAUUGUUGGUGCGCCUCACACGCAUGCACUUAUUCUUGAAAGUCUAAAAGAUCACAUGACAGAGGGUGCAAAAGUCUCGUGUGUUUUGUGCGACACUGGAUACGUAUUAGCAUGUAUGGGACUUUUCGUUACUGUUAAAGGUGAUGCGAUAGGAGUUCAAACGAACUUUGCAUUGACCUUAGUAAAUUAUGACAAUUUUGGAACAUGGAGUGGAAGUACUGAGAAAGUGAAAAAUCUUGGUUUUAAAAGAGAUGUACCAUUCUUACUAUAUACUCGUGGUAGCACAACUGAAAACGUGCCCGGUCAAGGACUUAGUGCUAUUUAUUAUCGUGGAGAUGAUAAAAGUACUAUUGAAGUAUUAGGGAAGCGGUUAAGAACUGGUGGUCGUAUGAUUUAUGAAAAAAGUACUGGGAGAGGUCCUGAUCCUGAAUUAAUGGUAAUAGAUAAAUUAGAAGACGGUUCAUUCAGUGAAAAACAAUUGAUUGAUACUACAUUGGAAUCUGGUAAGGAAGAGGAAGAAGGAGAAUUGGAAGAAUCGGGAGGAGUGGAGGAUUUAUUUCCACCUCCACUUGAACUCCCUGGAUUACCCGAUGGCUACGAGUUAUCUAUUACAUCGUCACAAAUUAAGUAUAUUCCAGACAUUAAAGUAUUACUACUGUUGGUCUCUGUUGUUAUCAUUUCAUGCAUCCUACUAUUUUAAUUAUGAUGAAUGAGUAGUGACUGGAACACUGGACUCUAUUCCACUCAGAUCAUAUGUGAUAUUUGUUGUAAUUGAAGAUGUAUGAACUUUGUGUAUAUGUUAUGAUCGUGAUAAUUUAUUAUUCGAACCGUUUGAAUGACUUUCAUUUUAAGGUUUUUUUCUUCCAAGAUUCAUCAUCAUCGUUAUUUUACACCUCAUCAUUUCUAAAUUAUAGGUAUAAAUAGACAUGUGUUAUGACUAUUACAAUCAUCUAAAGAAUUUGAUUUCACUAAAGUGCCUUUUUAUCGUCAGUGUGUGUAUGUGUGUGUGCAUAUGUGGUCGCAUCAAAUCGUGUAAUGUACUUACAACAUUCUCUAACUGUAUUGUCUUUGAAAACAUCCGAUAUAUUUUCAGUUGAUAUUUCUGAGUGUACUAACAGUAUUUAUUUAUUUUUUAUUUUGAUUACAACUUGAUUCC